GAAUUGCAGUGAGGUUUAGGUUUCAGGACGUCUGUUUGAAAAGCAAAGGUCUGAGUGAUUUAGUUGGGUCAUUCGGCUGAUCACUCAUUUUAAAGGGAAAAUUGGAAAACGUGUCUAGGCUACAGCUAGAGCUUGAACCGUGACUCGCACCAAUUUGCAAUGCUUCCGUUGCCUGACGUCAUCAUUGUUUUGUGCAACAGUGCAAGGUAAAACCGAGGUUUACCUGUUGCCGCAGGUAAUCUUCCGCCAUCCUUGUUUUACGCAUUUUGUCUUGAAGGAAAACUUCAGUUUAAUCUUAAACGAGUCCGUGUGCAGGAGCGUAGACUAUGUCCUCCGAUAAAUCAAAUGGCGCCGAGUUGACUUUGCAGACUUUAACUCCUGCUCAAACAACUGCCGGGGAAGAAUAGUUUGCUUCGACUUCCGGAAUACUUUUUUUGCUGUAACGAGUGGACUACCUUUUAUGCCAUAUGCCGCCCCGGACCUCAUGAGCCAUGUCUGGUCACCACGCUGGAGGUCCUAACCAUGAGAGAUGGAGCUCGCCUGGGCCAGGUGACAACGGCCUCGCCCUCGACCGCAGCCUCUCCCUGGGCAGCACGGGUAGUCAGGGCAGGCCUUACCAGGAGCGCUGCGUGGACCCCGUGGAGCCUCUGUCGGUGCCCAGGAGGGGCACUACCCACAAGGCCAACCCUAAAGAUGCCAAUGGCAAGGAGUUUGAGAUCCAGGACAUCCUGCCUGUGCCUGCCGAGUCGUCGUCCAGCUCGAGGAUGUGCGAGUGCGGGCCCUGCACUUCCAUGGCUGCGUGCCGGAUAUUUGUUUGCAACCUGCUGACUUGCGGGUUGUUCCGACUCUGCCAACGUGUCCCGUGUCUGGCGCCGGCGGAGAGCCAAUCACACGAGGUCAAAGUGGCCCGUUCCGCCCCCGGCUCCUCCGAGAAGGAUGAAUCAGAGUCUGGUUACACGGAUGUCUAUAUCGGUGGUGUGAAAGUGGACCCUUUUUACCUGGACGAGGAGCCAGAUGUCUACAAAGCCCCUCGACAGGAGCCGCCGCGACCUUUUAACCUUCACAAAAGCGGGAGUAUGUACCUGGACGAGUUUGGCCCGGUGGACGAGUGGAGCGACGACGGGGUUGCCGGCAGUGGCGACGUCGACUCGCUCAUCUCCCGCAAGCUCCUGGAGCUCUACUCGCAGUUCCAGAUCGACGAGCUGGCCAAAUGCACGUCCGACUCGGUCUUCCUGAAGCGCACCAGCGACAUCAGCCGCCUCAUCUCUGACAUUGUGCGCGAGCACAACCUGGAGGAGCAGGACGCCGAGUGUCGCCUCGUCCACGGCAUCAUCCGCCUGAGCACACGCAAGAGUAAGAAGAGGCCUCCCGUACGGCGCGUAGAGACGCCCGCCGACAGUGGCACCGAAACCAUGAAGGGAAGCUUCUCCCUCACCGAUAGCAACUACAAUGACCUUGACGUCCAAAUAUCUAGGGAGACGCCUUCAGAUGUCCAAGCCAGAAAAAUGCGUUAUAACAGCGAUCGAGCAAACUCGUCCAGCUCGCCAACCACGUUCUCGCCAGCCUACCGGGAGACGGACUCAGACUCGUCUGGCCUCCCGCUUCUCCACAGGUAUCCUCGCACGUGAACCCCAGGAAGAAUGUUCCGGAUUAUUUCCCCGGAUUUGGAAAACUGGGAAACUCUGGAAUGUUGCCUCCUCCAAGGGUAUUAGGUGAAGGAAAACUUAAGGUCAGUAAUAGAUUGAGCCAUAGACAGUUAGGGAAAAAAGUCAUUUUAAGAACUGUACUCUAUUUCAUUAUAUUAAGAAUUAUAGUAAUUUAUAUUUGUCCUUUGUUGUUUUUCUUGUUUUUUGUUGUUGUUGUCUUUCCUUUCUGAGAUGAUUAUAGUUCAUUUUGUUGUCCAUUGUCCACUGUGUAAAAGAAUAUAGCAAUGAUUUUUUUCUGUGUGUGUGUGAGAGAGAGAGAGAGAGAGAGAGAGAGAGAGAGGAAUGGAAUGGAAGUGAGAUGUAGCUAGUGAUGGAGAAUAAAAGUGAGAUUGGAAAAAUUGAGGCAGAAACUUGAGAGAGAGAGAGAAAGAGAAACCUGAAACCUGAAACCCUCCAUACUUGUCAUGCCUUUGGUUGGCCCAGGUUAUCUGUGUUGUACGAUAUCAUGUCAUUACUAGUGAGAUACUUAGAGUGUGCAGGCUCACCCUCGUCAGAUCAAAAUGUACAUUUAGUCAUUUUAUAGAUACUCUUAUGCUUAUAGGAAAUGCAGGUGUGUCGGCAUUAUCUGUUUAUGUGUGUGUGACUGUCUAUGUGAUCCUCUAGUGUAUCUGUAGAUGUGUAAAAUUCAGGGAUUGAAUAGUGUAAAUAUACUGUGAAUCUGAGGAAGAGUGUCCUCGUCCAUCCAUGAACAUGACAGGGUUUGUCCCAGUGACAAAUUGUCAGGUGGAGGGUUGAAGGACAUCAUUUUAUUACUUAGUAGAAGAAAUGUAAAGAAAUCUUUUUUAUUAUUAUUGUUAAAACGCUUUUUGAAUGAUUUUUCACAAGUUCAUUGUUGCCUUGCUGUCUGUGGUAAGGAUGGUAAGGUAUGAUAUAGAAGGUGCAUGGUUCUGUCCCUGUUAUUCUCUGUCUGUAGUGAAGGUGUGAAAAUAGACACAGUCCCUCAUCAAUAUCUGUCUUUGGAAUUUUAUUCUGAAAAUAAAUAUUGAAGAAAAAUGUGCACGUGGCUAUCUUUUUUUAUUGUUAUGCUUGCACUAAUAUUACUAGAACUGAUCAUACAAAUGAUUGUAUUAUUGUUGGCAUUCUCUGUCAGUUGCCAUUUUCAGUCAUUUUGAUAUUCUAAGGAGCAUUUUGGUGUUUUUGCU